AUGGCGUCCGGCGGCCAUAUGCAUAAUUUCACCACCCUCAUCAAGCGGCUCGAGGCAGCGACCUCACGCUUGGAGGAUAUGGCGAUGUCAUACGAUGACUCUAGUGCGCCAAAGUCCUUGACCGGAUCUCCUUCUUCCGUAUCCGCCAUCCCACCACCCCCUAAGCCCUCCCCUCCUCCUCCGCCCCCAGCCCCUGUGGCCGCCCCGGUUCCGCCACAGAUUCAGGACUUCGAUGCGUUGAUCGAGGGAGAUGUUCAGAACUUUGUCAACCUGGGAGAGAAGAUCGGCGGUCUUGUUGCUGAGCAAUCCAAAGCCGUCCUUCGAGCCUUCCAAGCCGAACGCACUUAUCUUUUCGUUGUGACGAAGGCCAAGAAGCCCGAUACCCAGCCUCCGGAGCUAAUGACGGACUUGCACAAGGCAUCCGAUAGCAUUAACAACAUUCGCGAAUCAAACAGAGCAUCGCCGCUAUUCAACCACCUGAGCGCUGUUGCGGAGGGUAUUGUUGCGCUCGCUUGGUUCUUUGAAAGCAAGCCCGCGGAGUUUGUCACGGACAUGAUUGGUGGCAUUGAAUACUAUGGUAACAAAGUGCUGAAGGAGUACAAGGACAAGGACAAAGCACAUGUCGAAUACAUCAAAGCCUACUAUCAAAACUUCAAGGCCCUUGCGGUGUACCUCAAGAAACACUUCCCCCAGGGUCUAACAUGGAACAAUGAGUCUGGCAUUGAUGCCUUGGAGGCUUUGAAACGGGCCAAGGCCGGACCUGCUCGCUGCGCCCCUCCUUCUCCUCCCCCUCCUCCGGCUGUCCCAGCCCUCAAUGUCCCCGGUGGCGGUGCUCCUCCUCCACCUCCUCCGCCUCCACCUCCUGGUAUUCCCCCCGCUCCUGCUCCCGCAGCACCAGCUGCAGACAUGGGCGCUGUCUUCGACCAGCUCAACCAGGGCGAGGGUAUCACCUCCAGUCUCCGCAAGGUCGACAAGUCGCAGAUGACACACAAGAACCCCAACCUGCGUGCUGGAUCAAUUGUCCCUGAAUCCGAAGGAUCCAGCGCCCUACGGGGCAAGUCGCCAGCACCUAGCAAAAAGCCCAAGCCCGAAAACAUGCGCGCGCGCAAGCCGCCCCGCAAGGAACUCGAGGGCAGCAAGUGGCUCAUCGAGAACUUCGAUGCCCCUGGCGAGAUCAUCGAGAUCCCCGCGCAGCAGAACCAGUCCAUCCUGAUUACCCGCUGCAACAAAACCAUCAUCAAGGUCUCCAACAAGGCAAACGCCAUUGCAAUCGACAACUGUGUUGGUCUCUCCCUCAUCGUCGACUCUCUUGUCAGCAGUCUCGACAUCAUCAAGUGCCCCAAGUUCGCUGUGCAGAUCGACGGCACGGUCCCGACUCUGCUGAUGGAUCAGGUUGAUGGUGCUACUGUUUACCUUGGCCCGCAGAGCCUCAACACUGAGAUCUUCACUAGCAAAUCCUCCGCUAUCAAUAUCAACCUUCCGCCGCCGGAGGGCACCGAUGAAGAUACCAAGGAGUGCCCUCUGCCCGAGCAGUUCAAGAGCUACAUCAAGAACGGUGUGCUGGUGAGCGAGAUCGUGGAGCAUGCUGGUUAA